UUCUGCGCUCGGAGUCAGUUGGCCGACAUGAGCCGCGCGCGCCGGGGCUCUCGGUGUUCGAUCGCUCGCUGAGGGUGGCAACGCGGACGCGCGUCGUGUGAUUACUACUUCUGGUCCCGUUUCCCGUCGCUCUCUCCGCGGUACACUGAGAUGAUACACCUGGACAGCCGGCGCUCGUCGUCAGGUACAACGCGAUCGUUCACGACCAGUGUCGGACGGUGGUGAGGGUGCCGAGUUUUAGGGGUAAACCGGUGGUGUCUCUACCGGGAACAUUGUGACUGGAUGCUGCCGUAGUCCCGCCGACGAUUCAUGGAGAUUCGAUCGCGAUCCGACCCGCCGCGCAGAACCGCACGGAUGGUCGCUGUGUGAUAGUGCGGUGCGGUUAAAGUGCUGGCCAGUGGAUAAGAGGGCAGUGAUCACGCGGAAACAUUGAAUCCUCGGUAACGUGCACGCUGGAUUUUUCGGACGGACGGCGCUCGGCGGUUUCGACAGUGUAAUCCCCUAGCCGGAAGGUUCCCACCGGUGAUAGUGCAGUGGCCAAGUCUCCUCUCCAGCGUCUCGCGUCCCGGGUUUUCGGCGUAAGAUGAACGAAUGACCCGCGAGACGCCGACAAGCGAGCGAUGAGGCCGAAAUCGUGUUCCCUGUUCCUGCUGUUCUGCGUGCUGCUGCCGGGCCUGGUGCGCCCCUUCACAUCCGGCGAAGAGGGCGAAGAUGCCGCGGAGGACGAGGAUUCCUACCUCCUGGAGGAGGACGACGUGCCUUCGGCGACGAUAGCCACGGACACCGAGCUGAUAUCGGAGGCGGGCGGCCAUCUGCCCGUCUUCCUCACCGAACCGGUCGACUCGUUCGUGGUCAAGAACAAACCGGCCACGCUGCACUGCAAAGCCGCGCACGCGUUACAGAUCUAUUUCCGUUGCAACGACGCGAGGGCGGAGGACUCGCAGCAGCAGGACUUCGUCGAUCCGCACACUGGGACCAGGAUCGUCGACUGCGAGCUGAACGUGACCAGAGACCACAUCGAGGAGUAUUUCGGCAGGGACAAGUUCAAGUGCGAGUGCAUCGCGUGGUCUGGAUCAGGUCAGAUCAAGAGUCAGCCUGCUACCGUCGAUGUUGCUUACCUGAAGAAGCAGUUCGAGUCGCCGCCGUAUUCGGUGUCGGUGGAGGCGGGCCAGAGCACCGAACUCAGGUGCCUGCCGCCGGUGGGAAUACCCUCGCCGAGGGUCUACUGGCUGAGGAACAACGUGCCCGUCGACACGGAGUCCGACACGCUUUUAGUGUCGAGCGAGGGACAUCUCCUCGUCGGCCAGGCGAAGCUCAGCCAUCAGGCGAAUUACACUUGCGUGGCGGAGAACAUCGCCGCGAAAAGACUCAGCGAGCCUGUCAGCCUCACGGUUUACGUGAACGGCGGCUGGUCCUCCUGGUCAGCUUGGUCGGAGUGUCACUCGAGAUGCGCGAAGGGGGGUCAGAAGAGGACGAGGACCUGCACGAACCCGUCGCCGAUGAACGGCGGACAGUCCUGCCUCGGCCCGUCGCAGCAGAAGAUGGACUGCAACACGAACUGUCCUGUGGUGGACGGUGGAUGGUCGAAAUGGUCGGCAUGGUCGGUGUGCGGGACCGACUGCACGCACACCAGGAGGAGAUCGUGCGACGAUCCGCUACCCAGCCACGGCGGACGACCUUGCCAGGGUAGGGACAUCAGCGUGGCGAAUUGCACCGGCGGCAUGUGCAACAACGGCGGCGCGAAAAUGGGUGGCGCACACUUGACCGAGGAAGCGAACCGCCAGAUGGACGUGGCCCUCUACGUCGGGCUGACUGUCGCCUGUGUGGUGAUCGGCGGCCUCGCCGUUUUCCUGGCGAAGCUUCUCAGGCGCAAAGGUCGGGACCAUUCCCUUUACUCCAUGGCCCGUAACGAAUUCCAGCCGGAGUUCUUCCCGGACCAGGACAAGAAGCUGAGCUUGCAGCCGGACGUAACGGCGACGAGCGUGCCGGCCUGCUACGAGUAUCCUUUCGACCCGAAGCUGUCGAUGUCGAGAUCCCUCUCCGAGCACCAUUACGACGUGCCCCACCUGUCGAUCGCGCCCCAGCCGUCCCCGAUGUCGCCGACCCCGAGCACCUCCACCCAGGAGUCAUGCAGCGACAAACAGAUCCAUUCCGACUGCGAGAACAGCGUCACUAGCUCGUACCCGUCCUCGGACUCGACGUACAACGUCGCCUCGGAGAGCGUGCGGCUGCCGAAGCUGGAGACCGGCAACGUGGCCGGCGCGGCGGUGAACACGCGCGGCGCCCUGCUCGUGCUACCGGACGCAGGUAUAUCGAUGUCCGUGCCCGAGGGAGCCGUGCCCAAGCCACUCAGGGAGGAACUCUACCUGGCGGUGCUCAACGAGGAUCGCUUUAGGCCUCGAUUACCCGAUGGUAUCACGCAAUUAUCCGCGGUGGUGACGUGCGGCCCAUCCUCGGCGACCUUCAACAAGCCCGUGAUCCUGCAAUUCGAGCACUGCGCGAUGCUGCACCCGGUUACAUGGGAACUCAGCGUCUGGGCCUGCGACGGUCUGAGCGUCGAGGACGGCAUGGCGGUCGCCUCCUCGAAGGACCACCAGUCGAUCACGUGGAACAGGGUGCUGACCCUCGGCAACGAGACGAUCAACACGCCGCUGUUCACGCAGCUCGACCACGCGGAGGCGUUCAUCGUGACGGAACAGCUGCGCGGCUACGUGCUGGCCGGGCAGAGCUGCGAGAACACGAUGGCCACGAAGAGGCUGCGAUUGGCGUUGUUCGCCAGCCAGGCGGGACAGUGCUGCGUCAGGGUGUACGCGGUCGAGGACACCAAGGCCGCGAUGAAGGCGAUCGUCGACAGGGAAUCGCAGAUCAGGGGCUACCUGCUCGACAAGCCGAGGACGCUGUUGUUCCAGGACAACGGCGAAACCUUGUGCGUCAGUCUCGAGGAGGUCGGCAACGAGUGGCAGAGCAAGUCGCCCACGGAGCGGCAGGAGAUCUCGUUCAGGGACAUCUGGAACUGCCAGGAGAACGCUAAGCACGUGACCUUCGGGCUGGACGCAGCUUUCGGGCCUAGCACCACCAGGAGCUACAAGCUGCAGGUCUCGCAGGGCAACUCGGACACCAGGCAGGUGUUCAGGAUCGUCUACGACGGCGCGAAGCAAUUGAUCUCCUCCGGAAGCGUGACCAGGCCGCUCAGAGAGGUGACCGUGGUCAGCAGCGGGCAUGCUAAUAACGCGACUACCGACUCCACCACUCUGAGACCGUUCCGGUUUACCAGGUCCCUGAGGAAGCAGCUAUGCCAGUGUCUGGACCCGCCAAACGCCCUCGGCAACGACUGGAGAAUGCUGGCACAGAGGCUCCAGGUUGACAGGUACAUCAACUACUUCGCAACGAAGUCCAGUCCGACUGAACACAUCCUGGACCUGUGGGAGGCGAAGCACCACGAGCCGACGGCGGUGACGGAUCUGCUGAACCAUUUGCGGGUAAUGGGCCGAACGGACGCGGCGACGAUCCUCGAGGCGCAGCUGGGUCCGUGGCUCUGAACAACCGGAAGCGGGGACCCUCGGGACACGUCCAGCGGUGAGUGAAAGCCGUGUGGCGCCACGGCCGAAACUCGUGCGAACGGUUCAGUGAAAUCAGUGGGUGAUCCGGGCGUCCAGCGGUGAACACACUCGCGGAGUAACCUUGUUCGGCCGCCCUCCGCGGCGGACUCAUCGAAACACUGCCUUAAUUGUGCGCGGUCGCCGCGCGGCUUUUCUUGUACAUACCGUUUGUAAGAAACAAAUGUUCAGGGGCGCGGGGGGGUAUAUACAUAAAAAGGAGGACCUCCGUCCGAGCGAUCGGACAGGGGGGACCGUAAUGUAAUAAUCGUGAAGCGAGUUGUAAGACUAGAGACUGUGCGUUUAGAUGGAUAUAUGUGUACAUACGUACUACGGACCCGCGAGGAGGCAGACGAGAAAUGGACCUCGCGUUCAUCUCGGCCGGGAUGUUUAUAUAUAUAUAAAUAAAUGAAUAAAUAUAAAUAUAUAUAUAAAUAGGUAGUUAGGUAGAGGACAUCGAGUAAGGAACGAGCGAAAGUGAACGACGACGAGGAGGAGGGGGGAGAGAUAUCGUUCCAGCGAUAUAAAAUAAACGAGACGAAUAGCUGAUGGUAAAUGGAACGCGUUUUAUCGAUUUGUUAUAUAUAUAAAUGUAUAUGAGAAACGGAGAACACGCACGAGUGAAACACACGUACGCGACAGUGUGAGAGAGGGAGAGAGAGAGAGGGGGAGAGAGAAUGGGAGAGAAAGUUAACUGAGUUUUCACGGAGGGAUGGAUCGUGCCAAAAUUUCACACCUCUCGGUUUUCGAAGGAUGAACGUUUCCGUUGAUGUUUCUAUUCAGAGUUUGUUGAAAAUGCCGUGUUUCUUUCGUGCACGUCGACAAUACACUCCGCGCCGAUACAUCGAUUUUUUUAACAAAGACGACGGGAACGGGGGACGGAGGAGGAAAAUAGGAAACGGAAGUGGGGUUCGGGCUGGGAGCGAAUCGCGCGCGGACGUUCGAUCGCGUAGAACGACCUCGACCCGCGGGGAAUCCGACGACUUUCAAUCGACACAAGUUUAUUUGGAAGAUUGUAUAUUUGUUACUUUCGACGAAUAAAAUAUUCUUGUAUACCUCGA